AUUUAAAAAAUUACUCUAAAUUAUACUAAUUUGUUUUCUGGCCGUGGGGGAUUUCUAUGGUGGAAAACACAAGGAAAGGAAACACAAAAUCCCUUCUCUCUCCAGUCUCCACUUGUUUCUCUCUUCUGCUUCUAUACCUUCUUCUACAGGCCAAUACCGAGAGAUAGAGUGCAAGUAGGGAGACGGAGAGAGACCGGUGGGGUGAGUAGAGCGCACUGUAGCACCGGGGCCUUAUUCUGUGCCCUGGUUUGGUUUAAUGGAUUCUUUCUGUUUUCUCUCUCCUUGAAGGUCGCUUCGUUCCCACGACAAUUCUACUUCGAAACACACAAAAAGAUCGAUUCUAUCUUUUUUUUUUUAAAAAAAAAAAUUUCUAAUUUCCGCAUUUCACAUCACCAAAGUUCACUCUGGCAGACCUUAAAGGAACCCUAGCGUUCCUUCGAUCUUCUCUUUUCUCUGUCCUGCCAGAUCGCGUUGAUUUCAAAUCAAAGAAAAAGAAGAGGAGAGGGAAUUACCGUGGAAAAAUGCUUUGGAUUAUGAGAUUCUCAGGCUUUUUCUCCGCAGCAAUGGUCAUGAUCAUCCUUUCACCUUCUCUCCAAUCCUUCCCUCCUGCCGAGGCCAUCCGAUCGUCUCACCUCGACGGCCACUUGAGUUAUAAGGCUGACGAUUCGUCAGAACGAUUCUCCUUUCGAAAAGCUUCCGUAUUUCGCAAUGCCGAGAAAUGUGGCUUCACCGACAAUCGAAUCUCAGGGAGAACGGGUCUCUGCGAUCCUUCCUUGGUACACGUUGCGAUUACACUUGAUGUCGAGUAUCUCCGUGGUUCAAUCGCUGCCGUUCACUCUAUAUUGCAACAUUCAUUGUGUCCAGAGAGUGUUUUCUUUCAUUUUUUGGUCUCAGAGACCAAUUUGGAACCCCUAGUGCGAUCUACUUUCCCUCAACUGAAGUUUAAGGUGUAUUACUUUGAUCCAGAGAUUGUGCGGAAUCUGAUCUCCACUUCCGUGAGGCAAGCCCUUGAACAGCCCCUCAAUUACGCGAGGAAUUACAUGGCUGAUCUAUUAGAGCCCUGCGUUCGCAGGGUGAUUUACUUGGACUCUGAUUUAGUUGUGGUUGAUGAUAUUGCAAAGCUGUGGACUACAAACUUGGGUUCUAGAACAAUCGGUGCCCCGGAAUACUGCCACGCAAACUUUACCAAAUAUUUCACGGGGAGUUUCUGGUCAAACAAACGAUUUUCCGGUACUUUCAGCGGUCGGAAACCGUGUUACUUCAACACUGGCGUAAUGGUGAUAGAUCUGGUAAAGUGGAGACGGGUCGGAUACACAAAACGGAUUGAGAGGUGGAUGGAGAUUCAAAAGAGUGAUCGGAUCUAUGAGCUAGGGUCACUACCGCCUUUCCUGUUGGUUUUUGCGGGACACGUGGCGCCGAUAGAGCACCGGUGGAACCAGCACGGAUUAGGUGGUGAUAAUGUGAGGGGCAGCUGUCGUGACCUACACCCGGGUCCUGUUAGCCUCCUCCAUUGGUCCGGUAGCGGAAAGCCCUGGCUCAGGAUCGACUCGAAGCAACCAUGCCCACUCGAUGCACUAUGGGCACCAUACGAUUUGUACGGACACUCGCAUUGAAUCACAGGAGUAGUCGCCGCCGUGCUUAUUGGAUUUGAUAUCACAGUUAAAUUAGCAAUUAAGGCCAAACACAGCUGCUCUGUUAAUAGGAGGAAAGGAUAAUCAUCCUUCAAUGGAGGGAAGAGGGGGCGAGAGACAGACCACAACAGACUGUACUGUACAUGUGAGAACAGUGACGUUGGAGCGUGGAGAUAAUUUUUGAAAUGACCAAAUUGCACUUUUUAGUCUCGUUAAAUUACUAAUGUCGUUGCAAUUGGCAAUUGUAAAUUACUAACAUCUCGGUUGGUGUCGGUUAACUUGUUUUUUAGGCUUUCGGGGUGUUCGUUCCUCGUUUUUAAUUAGGUAGCAUUGAUUUUGUUUUUUCUUUUUGUACAAAAAAAUGGUAGGCCAGACCCAUCUGUAUUAUGUGGUACAGUCGAGUGCUUACUAUUUAAGCAUUGGGAAAUUCUAUGUUCGCUAUA